UUGUGAUCAAUGCUCAUACUCUGAAUGUUGUUCUGUUUUGUUUUAAGGCUGUGUUUGGAAGAGGUGAUUGAUUUCUGAGUUUUGUUUAGUUUUUGUUUUAAGGCUGUGUGUUGUGUUCAAUUUUCAUUUUGUAGGAAAUUCUUUGAGGUAUAUAAGACUUGAGAAGGAAGACUAUUUAUAUGGUAUUACUCUGUUGAUUCUGGUCUGCUACAAGCUUGAACAUAGAAUUGAAGGGAGAAACCCUUUAUUAUUUCAUCAUUGGCCUAUUUUUGGCAUUGCAUAUCAUUGUAGUUUGUUUAUUCAUAGAACUAGUUGUUUAUGAUCCCCUUUUGAAGUAAAAAAAUGCAGUUGAAAAGUGUUUAAAUCCAGUUGCUUUAUUCAUUGAAUUUUUAUAGAAGUGUUUUAUUUUAAAACGGUUUUUUCGGUUGAACCAAUGAACCAGUGAACUAGUAAUUAAAACGGUUCAAUGAGUGGUCCGGUUUUCAAAAUCCUGAUUUCUUUCCACCUAGCACAUUAGGCAUUUUGGCGCCAAUUCUAAUUUUAGAUAUUUCAGGCUCUGGAAUCUGAUGGAAGAUCUUCGGAAUCCAAUGCUGAAGUUCUUCUCUGAUCAAGAGCUUUGUUAUGCUGAGAUCGUCCGUAGUGCUCAGGUCCGAGCUAGAAUUGAAGUUUCAGUGCUCAAUUUUCUCAAGAAUUUGAAUGCAUCAAACCCCGCCAUCUCAGAUUUGCCUCUGAUUCAGAGAAAAUUUUGCAACAGCCGAGUAAAUCAUAGCUUGAUGACCGACCUAUCAUGUGUUUUCCUCUCCCAUUCUGUUUCUUCGAGGUCCUUGAUGAGGCCUAAUGCAGCAAAGGCCUUCGUUAGAGUGUGGAAGGUGAUGGAGUUGUGCUAUCAGAUAUUGCUUCAGGAAAAGAGUGUCACGCAGAGGGAGCUAUACUACAAGCUUCUGUGUGAUUCCCCACAUCUGUUUCCUUCUCAGAUAGAUGUCAACAGGACAAUCCAAGAUGUCGUGGCAUUGCUUAGGUGCAGCCGAUACUGUCUCGGAAUCAUGGCAUCUAGUCGAGGUCUAGUAGCCGUCCGCCUGACUUUUCAGGAGCCGGGCAAAGAGGUUGUUGAUUGCUCUGUAUGCGGAUCUUCUGCACAUACAAUUCCGGGAGACGUGAAUUUGUUAGAAAACUUGAUUCUAGAUACUGAUGCUAGAUACAUUAUAAUUGUGGAGAAGCAUGCAAUAUUUCAGCGGCUUGCUGAGGAUCAAUUUUUUAAUCAAAUUCCAAGCAUUCUUGUCACAGCUAAAGGUUAUCCAGAUAUGGCAACGAGAGUUCUUCUUCAUCGAAUCCAUCGAACAUUUCCUGACUUGCCAAUUUUAGCUUUGGUGGAUUGGAAUCCUGCUGGAUUAGCUAUUUUGUGCACCUUCAAAUUUGGAAGUGUUACAAUGGGCCUAGAGGCAUACAGAUACGCGUGCAAUGUGAAAUGGUUAGGCUUACGGGGGCAUGAUCUAGAGAUGUUGCCUGACGAAUCUUUGGUUCCGUUAAAGCCAAAGGAUCUCCAAAUUGCUCAAAGCUUGAUGUCCUCCGGAAUCUUACAGGGGAAUUACAGAGAUGAGGUGGCCUUAAUGGUCCAGAGUGGUAGGCGAGCUGAAAUCGAGGCCCUAUACUUUCAUGGGUAUGAUUAUUUGGGGAAGUACAUAGCUAAAAAGAUUGUUCAGUCCGAUUAUAUAUAAUGACAUAGAUAGUAAUUUCUUAGGUAUAAGCACUAAGCAGGGUACCAAGACCGUUGUAGUCGGAUAAUCAGCAAAAAUUACAAGUUCAACUUUCCUAAAUUUAAUCCAAUUCAUGUUAGAGGACUGGUUUCAUCCUAAUGAGUCUAAGCUAACUUUUCAACCAAAGGCAGUAAGUAGAGCGAAAUAAGGGUCGAACACACACAACUCGGAGCUCAAGUGAGAUAUAGAAGACCUUGUCAUCAAGUUGUGGGCUAAAUUGCGGUUAGAAGCUAAUUACUUGUGUCAUAAAAGAGAAAGUAUAGGGCCGGCCAAUUUGAACAACUUUUUAAAAGAUAGGG